AUGACUUUCAGUGGACGAGGGGCGCCGCCCUCCCGUUUGGCUCCUAGCCUGAAAGAGGCCUUCACUCGUAUCGCCUGGGCCAGUGUUUCCUCGCCAGGGACGAAGAAUCUGGCCAGGACUCCUCGAAGCCAGGAUAUGUUCGCGUUAAGCCGGGCUUGCGCCAGGGGUUCCGUGAACUCCGGCAUAUUGACAGCUAGGAAGCAUUGCUGUCUUGAGGGGCGUUCCCGUCGCAGGUCUCCUGCAACGGCCGGUCUGGGGACUGGCCUGGGGUUGUGGGUUCCUAGGGCGUACGAUCUGGUGUUGGUGUUGGACAACGAAGCUGGUGACUCCGGUGGUGUCUGA